AUGGACCGGUGCACAAUCCUACUAUUUCUUUGUUUAGUUGUGAACAGCUUCUUACCGUCGCUUGGAUUCUACGGACCGCCUGGACCGCCUGGACCUCAAGGACCCCAAGGACCGCAGGGUUACCCAGGAGCAACGGGGUACCAAGGACUAGUUGGUGGCCGUGGGCCACCCGGUCCUCCAGGGUCGCGGGGCACUCCCGGACUUCCUGGACCUCUCGGACCUCCCGGACCUCUUGGACCUUCCGGACGUCCUGGACUUCCCGGCCCGCCCGGACCGCCCGGUCCUCCCGGGAAACCUGGUCUUGCAGCGCCACGCUUGGAAGUAGGGAAAGGCCACUAA